ACAAAGUUGAGUACGGGGACCCAUACACACCCCUUUCUAUCCAAUGGACGCACGGUGAGAAAGAACGACCCACCUUCCUUUCUGCCCCACCAUGUUUCUAUCACCGCAUGCGCUUUCCUCGGGCCGUUUCUCUCAGCCUUUCGGUUUGGAGCACCCCGUCGGCAAGCUUCUUUCUGUGUAUUUCGUCUUGGAUCUUUCCCUUCCUGUGUAGCUCAUCGAUCAGUGUUAUACCCUAUUUCUGGUCCAUACUUCCAACAAAAACGGCGAACACAUCACUUCCGUCAUACAAAUACAGUAUGUCCCGUUAUUUCGGGAGAGUGGGAGAGGGGCACUUUUGCGGGAUGCCCUCGUGGCGUCGGUAUGGACAUGUUCCCACAGGCGCUUGCGCCUGUUGUUCAUGCCCCUUUCCUGUUAGGGUGCGAGCCAGUUGGGUCGUAUGGUAUCCACCCGACAGGUUUGGCCGUAAGUAUCAUUUCCCCUCUCAUAUUGAAACUCAUGCUGACAUCCUUACAUGUGCAGGAAUAUCUUACGUCGCCCUCAUUGUUGGGCAAGGAGCAAAUUUAAUGGUAAGCCGGUCAGGUCCACUCGUGUAUUUUUCGCCACUAACAUGAUUACGCCACUAGUGGGAGCUUCCCCUACAUUAGUCGAUUUGAUAGCUCAGCUUCGCCAUAUGGUACGCUAGAGGCAUGUUAACUGUAAGUACAGUUCUGGAUUCGUGCAGUGAUCUGUUCCACUGUUUCACCUAUCCUAGCAGACGUGUAUUUAUCCAGGUAGUUGUGUACAAUUAAUAUUACUUUUCAUUGCACUGUUUACGAGAGACGGUGCCUAUUGAGCUCUGCGUUACUUUCGUCUAUCUGGUAUCCACCC